AUGUCAUGUAAUAAAAUUGAUGUUAAAGAUCCAUCAUCUCGUAAAUCGUAUGCCUAUUUUGAAAACUUAUCAAAUGAGCUUUUGUACGAAAUAUUCGAAUAUCUUGAUGCUUAUGAUAUACACAAAUCAUUUUCAAAUCUUAAUAUUCGUUUACAAAAUCUUAUCAUUUCUUCGUCAAUUUUACUUCGAAUAAAACUUGAAUUAGAACUUAAAUCACAAUCAGAACCUGAACUUGAAUCAGAAUCAGAAUCAGAACCAGAAUCAGAACCUGAACUUGAAGCAGAAUCAAAACUUGAACUCGAAUAUCGUUGUCAACAUGUUAUUAUUCCAAAUUCACAUCGUAUUCUUUCCCUUCAUUUGGCUGAUUAUUCGAUUGAACAAUUAUUGAUUGAUACGUUCUUUAAUCAUUGUAUUAUUGAUUCAUCAUUUCAUCGUCUUGAAUCAGUUAUUCUCAAAGGAAUCAAAACAAAGAAACUACUCACGACUCUUUCUUAUUUAAAGUCUUUACCUCGCCUCUUUACAUUAACCAUUUAUAUAAACGAUAAGCAUUAUGCUGAUCUUGGAAAUAUUUAUCCAUUAAUUUUUUCUUUACCUACAUUAAAAUAUAACCAACUAUAUGUACCUGGUGUUGAAAUACAAAUUAAUAUUCCACAUGUAAUCAAUAAAACAUUUAGUACAAUCGAAUAUCUGGUUAUUGGGCAUUUUUGUACUCUCAAUCAACUAAAUUCUCUACUUCAUUACACACCACAACUUCGUCAUUUAUCUUGUAAUGAAGCGAUUGAUUCAGAUAAAAAAUUCAAAAAAGAUCUGUCAAUGAAAUUACCGCAUUUAAAAUCGAUUUGUUUUAAGCAAUUUUAUGAUUCAUUUGAUGAAUUUGAAGUAUUUAUUAAGGAAAUAUCUUCUCAAUUACAAAUAUUGAAUAUUAAUAUAUAUUGGAAGAAAGCUUAUCUUAACAGUAAUCGUUGGGAACAAUUAAUUAAAAAAUAUAUGCCUGAAUUGGAAAAAUUCUACUUUAAGUAUAUUCAGCUUAUUUAUGAUAAUGACAUGACAAAUUUAAUUGAUUCAAUUGAUGGGUUCAUUAAGCGAUUUAAUUCACCAUUUUGGAUCGAACGAAAAUUGUUUCGUGAACUAAAAAUCCAUGAUGUCAAAAUGGAGUUUUCAAUUCAUUCAUACAGAAAAGAAUGGAUCAGUCUUCAUGAAAAUAUGAGUAAUGACACAUAUUCGAAACAAAAUUCGAUAGAAAAUAAUUAUAUUUCUAAUCGAGAAAAAACUGACCAUCAUAUUAUACAAUUGACUAUCGGAGAUAAUAAAUUUAACGAACGCAGUUGUCGAUUUAUUAAGAAAUUCAAACCUGCUCUUGAAGUGAUUCAAUUUACUCAUUUAAAUAUAGAAAAUGAUAAUAUGUGUCUUCACAUAUUAUCCGAUAUUCUACCUUCAUUGCCAAAUAUUGAAUCAUUAAAGCUGUCAUAUCUACCGAUAUUUUCGUUGGAAUCUUUAUCUACUGAAGAUACCAGAAAUGGUCUAUCAAUAUCGGCUAUUGACAAAAUAACAAAAGUCAAACUUGGUCAAGUUACAGAAAAAGAUGAACAAGAAAUUCAAUUUUUUAUCAAUCUUUGUCCACAUAUAGAAUAUUUUGAAAUAGGCUGUAUGUCAGGUACAAAUGUUCCAUCACUUAUGAAGUUUAUUAUGGAACGAAGAACACGUAUUCCUAAUCUGUACUAUCUAUGCUUCAUUAUUCCUAUGGCAGAUGAAAACAUGGUUAGAACUUUAGCAAAAGCAAUCAUUUUCGAUAUAGUUAUUGAUAAUUAUACCAUCCAGCGUAGUGGCAACAAAAUAAGUGUACAUUGGAAAUUAUAA